AUCGCGUGCUGCCAGCCCCUGUGAUCCAGCCACUCUUCGGGUCCUUCAGACGUUCCGGCCAUGGUGUCGGGCUGAGCCGUCCUGGGGCUGAGAAGCGGAGCCGUGGUGAAUGGAGGGGUCACUGGAGCUGAGCUCAGAGGCGGUCCUGCGCUUUCUCUCCGAGCGCGGGGGCCGGGCCCGACACACGGAAUUGGUGCAACACUUUAGGGACGCCCUGGGUGGCCAGCGCGAACAGCGCACCCGCGCCCGCGAACACUUCAAGGAACUGGUCAACGCGGUGGCCACCGUGCGCACCGAUCCCGCGGAUGGUACCAAGUAUGUGCAUCUCAAGAAAAGGUUCUGUACGGGGGAGUCCCCCCCGCUUGAGGCCGCGCUGCCCCGGAAUCCCCCGCGUAUCGAGGUGACUGAGGAACCUCAAGUCCCGGACCUUCCAGCGGAGCCAUGCGAGGACAGCCAGCUCCAGGAGGAGGCAGAUCCACAGUUGUCUCUCGGACUGGGUGGCGAACUGAGCGCCCAGGAGCCUCCGGCCCCUGCUCAAGGUGGGGCCCAGAGUAAGGACUCGCCACAGGAGGUCGAGGCUGAGGCCGCGUCCUUGGCGUCCGGCCCCGGGUCCAGCGAGAACCUUAAACUCCCUGCACAUGGCAGUGAGGAGGCUGAAGGGGGCAGUUCCCCUAGUGGGCCAAAUACACCCAGGUCGGCCCGUCAGAACUUUCGGGACCUAGUGAUGGGCAGCUCCCCGCAACUAAAGAGAAGCGUGGGUCCUGGGGACGGGAGCGCUGGGAGCAUCUCGUCAGGAGGUCGCAGCAGAGGAGGGGGCGACUCCGAUAGCGCAUCCUUAGCUUCUUCGUCCGCAGAAGAGGAGAGCAGCGGCGGGGGCUCGGUUACCCUGGAUCCUCUCGAGCACGCCUGGAUGCUCUCAGCUUCCGAGGGCAAGUGGGACAGCCUAGAAGGGCUGCUCACUUGUGAGCCCGGCCUGCUCUCGAAGCGAGACUUCAUCACCGGCUUCACUUGUCUCCACUGGGCCGCCAAGCACGGCAGGCAGGAGCUCCUAGCCAUGUUGGUCAACUUUGCCACCAAACACCAGCUGCCAGUGAACAUCAAUGCCAGGUCGAGCGGAGGCUACACUGCCCUCCAUUUGGCAGCGAUGCAUGGGCAUGUAGAGGUGGUGAAGUUACUAGUGGGUGCCUACGACGCAGAUGUAGACAUCAGGGACUACAGUGGGAGAAAGGCCUCUCAGUAUCUGAGUGAGAGCAUUGCAGAGGAGAUCAAGAACCUGGUGGGAGCCCUGGACGAAGAUGACGGAGACAGCGCCGCCGGCCGCGGGAGUGGGCGCUGGAGACUUUCAAAAGUGCUCCCAUCACACAUCACUCACAAACUCUCCCCGGUCGUGGAAGACGGAGCUGAACACCACCACCACCUCGCCGAGGGAUGGACUGGGGGAAGCAAAGCAAAAGAUUCAGGUCGCAAAGCCUCGGGCAGCUCCAGUGGACGGAUAAAACCACGACUCAACAAAAUCCGAUUCCGAACGCAGAUCAUUCACACCACUCCCUCCUUCAAGGAUGCUGAACCGCCACUGGAAGAAGGGGAGGAGGAGGAGGAGGAAAGGUCUCUUCGAGGCUACCCAUCUUCCUUUAAACUGAGACCGAAGUCCAAUGUGUUUGGGUAAAAAAAAAUAAUUCGUGCUAAAAAUGCUAAGGUUUAUUUGUCUUCAAGGAAGUAAUACUGUGCAUGGAUAAGAGGUGGAAGCGGAAAAGACAGGAUAAAUUAUGCAUUUCAACUUUCGGGCUUGGGGUGGAUCUGUAAUAAUCCUUUCAGGAUAGCAUUCUGGGGCAAGAAAAUGUCUUUGAAGUGAUUCAUAAUGCACUGAUUUGCGCCUCUUCCCCGACCCCACCCUUGUAACCUGGAACUUGUGAGAACUGGAAUUAUUGAUGACUAAGAGUCCCUUUGCUUUUUAAUCAUGACUAGAUAGCAUGCAGAGUAAGGGCCAUCAGACAAUGCAAAACGCGUGGUAAUGCAAACUGAACCUGCUAAUGUUUGUAAGUGAACGAAACUGGAGGCUGUCCUGGUUUUCUACGGUGUGCACUUACUUAAAGUGCUAAAGAAGGGCAAGGUCAGAGUUGAAAUGUGAAACUACAAAGGAGAAUUAUGUGAAUGGAGAUGGGAAUCCCAUUGAUACUUGUAUUGAGGACCUAGAGACACCCUCUGCCAAGCCUGUGAAAAAGGAAUGUGCUGGGAAUGGGAUGGUCUAGUAGCCUUGAAAGGCCUCAUGCAAAAGACAAUGGGACACCAGCCACAAAGUACCCUUUCUGAUUCAGUGAG